AUGACCUGGUGCCGCAGCUCGUCCAUGUUCACCGACAUGGCUCCGGCCGCCGCGCGAUCCCGGCUCGGCGGCCGCGGGAGGCCGGCCGCCCUCGGCUCGCGCUCGCCGCCGCCCGCCCGCGGCCUCCGGACCCUCGCCGCACGCCGCACGCCGCCCGCCCGGCGAGUGUCCCGGUCCGGCUCCCGCGGCCGCCGACACCACAAACAACGGCGCGGGGCGGGGCCGGUGUCCAACGUUCGGGGGCCGCGAGUCGCCGCCGCUGAUUGGCCCGCGCCGCUCGGCCUGCGCCCGACUCUGGUGCGGACGUUCGAUUCGAAUCCUGCGGCCUGCGGCCCGCACUGUUUCUCUUUUCGCCCGGUCGCGCCCAUUGGCGGAGGAAGCUAUUUUGCCAGCCACUUCAUUAUGGGAGGAGAGAAGUUUGACUCCACGCACCCUGAGGGUUACCUGUUUGGAGAGAACAGUGAUCUGAACUUUCUGGGGAACAGACCAGUAACGUUUCCUUAUGCUGCCCCACCUCCCCAAGAGCCCGUGAAGACUCUGAGAAGCCUGAUCAACAUCCGGAAGGACACACUAAGACUCGUAAAGUGUGCGGAGGAGGUAAAGACCCCUGGAGAAGAGGCUGGCAGAGCUAAAGUCCGUUACAACGUGGAGUUCACCUUUGACACUGACGCUCGGGUGGCCAUCACCAUCUACUAUCAGGCCACAGAAGAGUUCCAGAAUGGGAUUGCCAGCUACCUCCCCAGAGACAACAGCCUGCAGUCGGAGACGGUGCGUUACAAGCGAGGGGUGUGUCAGCAGUUCUGCCUGCCCUCCCACACCGUGGACCCCUCCGAGUGGCCGGAGGAGGAGCUUGGCUUUGAUCUGGACCGAGAGGUUUACCCUUUAGUGGUCCACGCCGUGGUGGAUGAAGGAGACGAGUAUUUUGGCCAUUGCCAUGUACUGCUGGGCACUUUCGAAAAGCACACAGAUGGAACUUUCUGCGUCAAGCCCCUCAAACAGAAACAAGUGGUAGAUGGGGUCAGCUACCUCCUUCAGGAGAUCUAUGGAAUUGAAAACAAGUACAACACACAAGAUUCUAAGGUGGCUGAGGAUGAAGUAAGCGAUAACAGUGCCGAGUGUGUGGUGUGUCUCUCCGAUGUGCGGGACACUCUGAUUCUGCCCUGUCGCCACCUCUGUCUGUGUAACACGUGUGCUGACACCCUGCGCUACCAGGCCAACAACUGCCCCAUCUGCCGCCUGCCCUUCCGGGCACUGCUCCAGAUCCGGGCCAUGAGGAAAAAAUUGGGCCCCCUGUCCCCAACCAGCUUUAACCCCAUCAUCUCGUCCCAGACGUCUGACUCAGAAGAGCAUUCGUCCUCAGAGAACAUUCCGCCAGGCUAUGAAGUGGUGUCUCUUCUGGAAGCCCUCAAUGGGCCCCUCACCCCGUCCCCAGCGGUCCCAGCCCUCCACGUGCUUGGAGAUGGCCAUCUGUCAGGAAUGCUGCCCUCCUACGGCAGCGAUGGCCACCUGCCCCCUGGCAGGACACUCUCCCCGCUCGACCGCCUGUCUGACUGCAGCAGCCAAGGAAUCAAGCUCAAAAAGAGUCUUUCCAAGUCUGUGUCCCAGAAUUCUUCCGUGUUGCAUGAAGAGGAAGAUGAGCGUUCUUGCAGUGAGUCAGAGACCCCGCUCUCUCAGAGGCCUUCAGCCCAGCAUCUGGAAGAGGAGUGUGGUGUAACCCCAGAAAGUGAGAAUCUUACCCUGUCAUCCUCGGGAGCUAUCGACCAGUCAUCUUGCACGGGGACGCCUCUCUCUUCCACGAUCUCCUCCCCAGAAGACCCUGCCAGCAGCAGUCUGGCCCAGUCGGUCAUGUCCAUGGUGUCCUCCCAGAUCAGCACCGACACGCUCUCCUCCAUGUCCGGCUCCUACAUCGCCCCUGGCACUGAGGAAGAGGCGCUCCCCUCGCCGCGGGCCGCCAGCAGGGCCCCCUCAGAAGGAGAGGUGAUGCCCACACGGUCUGCAGACAGCAGCUUCAUGGGCCUGGCCGCCGAAGAGCAGGACGCAGAGGGAAAUGAUGUUAUAGAGGAAGAGGAUGGAUCGCCCACACAGGAAGAUGGCCAGAGGACAUGCGCAUUUCUAGGUAUGGAGUGUGACAAUAACAAUGACUUUGGCAUCGCCAGCGUGAAAGCACUGGACAAUAAGCUGUGCCCUGAGGUCUGCUUACCCGGCACCUGGCAGGCCGAUGACAACGUUGUCAGUCGUCGGAACGCACAGCGCCGGCGCUUAUCAUCCGGCAGCCUGGAGGACCCCGAGGACAGGCCCUGUGUGUGGGGUCCUUUGGCCGUCUGAGAGCCCCAGCCCGUGCACCUGGGCUCCCUCCUGCCCCCACCUUCCAUCCUGGCCUCACUGGACUGCUGGUCUCCUGGGCGUCCUCAGCGAGACCAUGAAGACUCUGCAUCCAGAUGAAAGCUGGACGUGGAAGUCCACCUGCUCCUGCUCCCAGCCCGGUCUCCUCCAUAACCAUGACCCUUCCCCUACCAGCAGGAACUCGAAGCCUCCUCUCUCCUUGUGGGCUGGAGCCUCUCAAUGAACUGCUGCUCAUGGGACCCUUUGCAGAGACUCUCUGGAAUGUAUCCACCCUAUCUUGAUCUUCAGGUGGAGCCGAGAUCCACAGGCUGGUUGUUUCUCAUCUUUUUCUCCUUAGGGGGCGUACCAAGAGGACCUGGAGUUUUGGCAGUUUCAUUACAAACACCCAUCUGGCAUUUUCUUGUCUCUGGAACAUCAUAAGCAAUUUGAACCCUCCACUUUGGGGUGGGGUUGGGGGAUGGCUCCUGUGAGAAGGGAAAGCCAUUUUGCACUCUAAGCCAAGUUUCUCUCA